AACCUACACCAUCCAGGAGAACACCGACGUCACCUUCCGCCUCUUCGGCACCGACUUCACCGGCCAGACAAACGGCNUUGACCGACGGAGUUAACCCGGAAGCUGAACCGGAAGUGGAACCGGAAGAGUGCCACAUUGCGCACGGCCGCGCCUUCACCGCCACCGUGGACAAUCGCUACACUGCUCACGUCCACCUGGUUCAGCUGGCCGCCAACGAAGACGCCUACUUCCUCUGCUACUCGCUGCUGCAGCCUGGAGAGGAGCCCCCGACUAGCUCUUCGAAAGCGCAGUUUCGAUAUGCUGGAGCGGCCAGCUCCACCGAGGUGGGCGGCUCCAGCUGGCUGAAGAUUAAAUCUGAAGCUCCGCUGUUCCCCCUAUGGCUCUCGCUGGUGAUGAUCGCCCUCCUCCUCACAAUGUCAGGCCUUUUCUCGGGGCUAAAUCUAGGUUUAAUGGCGCUGGACAAGAACGAGCUGCAGGUAAUUGAAAACUGCGGCACGGAGGAUGAGAAAUUUUGGGCGCGAUCAAUAGCGCCGGUUCGAGCUCGAGGUAACUACCUCCUCUGUACGCUGCUGCUCGGCAAUGUCCUGGUCAACUCGACGCUGACCAUCUUCAUGGAUGGGCUCACUUCCGGUGUGCUCGCCGUCAUCGUCUCCACGCUGGCCAUCGUCGUCUUCGGGGAGAUCAUUCCGCAGGCGGCCUGCAGCAGACACGGCCUGGCCGUCGGCGCGAAGACCAUCUACGUGACCUAUCUCUUCAUGUUCCUCACUUUUCCCCUUUCGCUGCCGAUCUCCUGGAUCCUGGACCGGAUACUGGGCGAGGAGAUCGGCAACGUCUACGACCGAGAGCGGCUGAUGGAGUACAUUAGGGUGACCAGCACCUAUAAUCACCUGCAGCAGGAUGAGAUGAAGAUCAUCUCCGGCGCCCUCCGCUUCCGCAACAUCCGCGUCGCGGACAUUAUGACGCCCGCGGAGGACGUCUUCAUGCUCCCCUAUAGUACCGUGCUCAAUUUCGAAACUUUAACAGCGAUCAACAACUCCGGCUACUCUCGAAUUCCAAUCUACCUCGAAGAGCGAGACAAGGUGGUGGGCGUGCUGCACGUCAAGGACCUCGCCCUGGUGGACGCCGAUCACGCCCUUCCGCUGAAGGUGGUCCUCGACUUCUAUUCGCACCCCAUUUUUACGGUUCUUGAAGAUGUGACCCUCGAUGUGGUGCUGAAUGAGUUCAAGAGCGGCCGAUCACAUAUGGCGCAGGUCAAUCGAGUGGUGGACAGUGGGGCGGGAGGCGAUCCCGUUUAUGAAUUUCUGGGCGUCGUCACGCUGGAGGACAUCAUCGAGGAGCUGCUGCAGGCGGAGAUCAACGACGAGACCGAUGUGAUCUCGGACAACCGCCGGAAGCAGAAGCGGAAGGAGGUGCAAAGUCAGCGGAGCUACCUCGAUUUCAUUCGCGACGGUUUCAAGGACAACCUGCACGCUCACAUUGGAUGCACUCAUGUGGUCAUCAGUCCGCAGCUGGCGCUGGCCGCCUCACGGUUCCUCGCCUCUUGUAAGUGUGAAUAUUUUUGA